ACUGAGCUGAAUAAGAACAAACCUCAGACAACAGCCUACCUGGCAUUGAAACAAAUAGGAACCUCCUGGACUAUUACUUACUCAUUGUUGUUUGACAACGUGUAUCUUGCGGGAAACAUGCUUCUGUACCCUGACCUUCUGGCCCUACUGUUCCUCCAGCUUGCACUCUCCAGCCCAUGGACACUAGCCUCCCGGCUGCCUCCUCUCAGUGGAGGGAAUCCCUUCAGUAAGGGCUCCCAGGUGGCCAGGGCCCCCACACAGAGGCAGCAGUCUGGAGAGCUCAGCACCACUGUCCUGGCCCUGGGGGAGCCCUGUGGGGUCUACACUCUGAGCUGUGCCCGUGGACUCCGCUGCACCCCACCACUGGGGUACCCCAGCCCCCUCCAGGCCCUGCUGCAGGGCAGGGGAGUCUGCAGCAAUGCCAGUGGGCCCAGCCCUUCUGAGAGGCCCCAGCCCACAGCCACACACCCAACACCCAGUGAAGACCUGGAGAAGGCUCCAUGCCGUAGGCUGCUUAACACUGUACUUAAAGGUCUGCAGCCCCUGGUCUUCCAGUCGGACUGUGCUGAUAUAUAUAUGCCCAACUGUGACAAGCAUGGUUUCUUCAGAAAGAAGCAGUGUCGGUCGUCUUGGGGCAUGCAUCGCGGCCACUGCUGGUGUGUGGACAAGAGUGGCAUACCAACCCCAUCACACACAAGCCCAGAGGGCACCCUGAUCUGUGACAAUGCAUGAAAGGGCACUGUCCAGCCCACCCUAUCCUGCAGUCUGGAAUAUGGGCCAUAGGGGUCAAACACUUAAAUAAGAAGGCAAAGGGAGUGCAGCAAACCGGUGCACCAAGGUGAAUUAAUGUAAACAAAAUAGUGUUGCAACCCAUUCAGAUGAUUGUUUACUUAAACGGCGCAAUGACUUCUCCGGGUGCCAACUCGAGCCCUUUGAGUAUCCUGGCUCCCAAAACGAAGACAAAGAAGAAACAUUUUGUACAGCAGAAAGUGGAGGUGUUCCAAUCCAGGGACCCUGUUCUAAGUGUCCUUAUGUGGGGAGUCAAUCACUCGAUUAAUGACCUGGUCCAGGUGCCUGUCCAUGUCAUGCUUCUUCGUGAUGACUUCAAAGCCAAUAUCAAAGUCAACAACCAUCUCUUCAACAAGUACUGUAGCCUACUCACUGC